AUGAGUAAGCAUAAGCAUAGAAGAACUUAAUCUAAUUCAGAAGUUGAUUUAAAAAAUGCAUUAUGUCAAUAAGAUGAUAAGAAACACUUUAUAGAGAUAUUUAAUCAUGUAUGCGAAACUUAAAUUAUGAUUAAUAGACAUCACAUAUUCAACCUUAAAUUCCAGAAAAAGAAAUUAUAAUUGAAAAAUUAGACGAUGAUUAUGUUAUGUAACAUCUUAAGGAAAAUUGCGGAUUAACUUUUGGUAAUGUUAAAAAAAAAUAAAAUAUUGGAACUUAUUAAUCUAAUAAUUUAUUUUUGAUUCCUGAAUAGAAUGAUUUAUUAUCAAGUGUUGAAUAAACUUAAGAAUCUGCCAAAAAGUUAACUUCAGGAAUUAAAUUGAAUAUAAAUACUUAAAAAAGAUAAACAUGCAGUGUUGAAUAAAAAAAUAAUAAUGAUGAUUAAAAAGAGAAUUUAAAAAAUGAGCACAACAGACAAAAUUCUACUUUAAUAAGUUAGAUAGUAUAUAAUAAUAAUAAUAAUUUCUAGUAAGCUUAAUUAAGAGAUGUAACUCAUUUAAUGAAUAGUGAUAAGUUAGAUUAAUUCAAUAAAAUGAGUUUUACAAAAGAAUUAUAAAAGAAAACAACAACAGUUUCUCCUGUUUAAAUUCAAUUUGCUCAUUAGAAUACAUUAUAACCAUCUUUAAAUAAUAUUAAUUCAUAAUAACAAUAAUCUUAAUCUUAACAUUAAUAAAAAAUAAAUCAAGUUAAUAAAAAUAUUCUCUACUUAUAAAAUCCAAAUAUUUAACAAUAAUAAUCAUUACUAAUACAUUAAAAUUCUUAAAAAAAUGUAAUUAAACAUACUAUUACUCCAGAUAGAAAAAGGACACCUUCUAUGGCUAUUAAUAAACCAUCUGGAAUUGAUGCUCCAUUCUAAAAAUCAGAUAAAUCUAUAACUAAUAAUGAAAGUGAUAAAAUAAAAAAUAAUCUUUCAGUCUCAAUUUUUAAUAAUCUCUUCUCAUAAAAUAAGAAAAUUUCUAUUACUCAAAUUGCAAAUAAAUAAGAUAUAUAAAAUGAUUCUUUAAAAAAAUUUGAAACAUCUAUAAAAAAAAUUCAAAAAGAAUUAAUUACUUUAAAAUAGAGGUAAGAUUAGUAAGAGGAUAUUAAUAAAAAUAUUUCAUUACAAUUCUAAUAAUUUAUUCAUGAUAACAAAAAACAAAAAGAAGUAUAAAUUUUUUAUAUUUAAGUAAAGCCAUUUAUCUUUUACAAAAUUGGAGUAACUUGAAAUGAUUAUUAGAAGAAAUGAAGAAACUUUAAUGUAUUUAAAACAAACUUUUGGAACUAAUAAAAGAAUAGAUUCAAAUACACAUCAAACGUAUUAUUAUUAUCAUUAUUAAGUGCUUCAACUGAAUUAAGUGAUUAACAUAGACGCUUUACUGAUUUAAAGAGUUUAAACAGAUAUAUUUGA